AGUGUCUCUACUUGUCAGCUUGCUAGAGAAGGGCCUGGGCAAGGUAGGUCAAAGGAUGUUUAAGAAUCAUUUUUGGGUGAAGAAAGCGGUUUUGGUGACAGUGAAGGAUGAUGAGGCGAAGACUGUGUCUUUUAGAGAUUGUAGUUUUAAUGUGGGACGUACGACUCAGGUGAAAAUGGUAGGAGGCGGCUUUGUCUAUGUGAGUAUUGCAGAUCAGGUUUAUGGUAAAGUGAUUAAGGAACAGGAGGAGUCUCUUGAGGUUGAUGUGAAGAAGGUUUUUCAGGAGAAUAAGCAGAUUCAGAAGUUUUCUCCAUAUCCUUUAGAAUCUAUUACCUCUUAUGGCAUCCUUUUCAAGGGUGAGGACCUUGUAAAGAUGCGUAUCCCUGAUCCUGUAAUUUUGAAAAAUAUUCAUGAUGACGAACUUAUUAAAAAUAUUUGAUCUGCAGACUGUAGUAAUCUUUUAAAAGAGCAGCAGCCAUGGACAAUUUUAUCUCCUCCAACAGAAGCAAGCACCCAAAUUAUCCCAAAAGAUUGUUCUGUGGAGAUAGAUAUUGGCUCAAGUUUGCUGGUAAAAAGCUUGGAUGGGUUCUUUAACUUGCUUGAAAGUGAAUACUCACACCUCAGAAUUGACUCAUUGAACUGCUUUUAUUAUUUAGAUAAGGAAAGAGUUCAGUCUUUAGACAACUUACUUAAGGCCCAUGAGGGUUCUAGUACAGUAAAUCAGAACGAAAGAUAUAUCAAUAAGGUCAAUCUCAAAGUUGCCUUUGAAGAAGAUCUUGAUGAGCUUCUCGAAGUUCUUGGUAAAUAUCCUAUCCUCGAUAUUAAUAUUACAUAUGACGGUGAGGUUACAGAUGAUAUUUUGAAGAAAUGUAAGCAAUUUAUGGUGAAAUUCUUCAACAGAAAUGUUGUAUUAUAUGCAGAUGAAAAAGAUCUCCUUACGCCAUUAAAACACUUCAAACCAAUCGCUACUGAGGAAUACGAGUUUGAUUUUGGAGAGGAUGAAGAAUAAAGAAGUUUCCAAUAAAAUUCAACAUAA